AUGGAGAAUUCUGAGCCAGGGGCACGGUCUGGCCGACGCCUUGACAAGACAGGCCUGCGCUCGCGAGGCACUCGGGAACAAUCCACUCGAAAGGCCCGCGGCGUGGCCUGCUCCAAUUGUCGCGCGAGGAAGGUGAGCAUUCUCUCCCUCUCCGCGGACUGUGUCCGGAAUGCUGCCAUCCUGCUGACCCAGAAAAGGUACGACGAGACUCCACCCAUGUCCCAGGUAACUGCCAUGGCGCGGCGCCUGGAGGAGGCAGAGCGUACCAUCGCCGAGCUCCGGCAGAGUGGGGCCGCUCCCUCGGGCUCUGCGGACCGCCAGCACCGUAAAGAUAGCGAGGCCAUGCCUCCUCCACCGCCUCGGACUGGAGCCCUGGGGAUACCCCCUGGGAAUGACUCGGUACUCCCUCCGAGCCACGUGGGCUUGUCGACCACUGGAUCAUCGAUGCACGCGCCCCGACACGUCUUCCGAUCGAACCGUACCGCCGAAUCUGGCGAUACUGAGCUCAGCGUUGAUGCACACGGCAAGAUCCUCUACUAUGGCCCGACAUCUGCAGUACACGAUCCGCCGGUGCCGGAACCCGCAGACACAAGUGACAGCAGCGCUCUUUCGGCGAGAGCAGAAGUGCGGUCGUCCUUGGCCGCACAUGCAAAAGAGGCUGCUACAUGGGAGGAUUUCGCAUUGCGUAGCGCAUCUACAUCGACAGGUAUUCCACUGCAGCUGAUGGCAAGGCUGUUGCACAUGCAUUGGACUUGGAUCUCGCCCAUGUUCAUGUGGGUGUACCGACCAGCCUUUAUCCGUGAUAUGACAAUGGGCGGGCCAUACUAUUCCGAGUUGUUGCUCACAAUCAUGUGCGGGCAUGCUGCAAAAUACCACGACAAACACUACGCGGAGCCUCUGAUAACACGUGCCAAGAGCCUUCUGGGAGCAGCCAUCCAGCAGCCCAGUUCCAUCCCGACCGUCCAAGCUCUGCUACAACUCAGUGCUCGUUCGAUUGCUCAUGGCACAAUUUCACAAGCUUGGAUAUACAGUGGCAUCGCUUUCCGGAUGGCAAGUGAUCUGGGACUGCAACACGGUGGAGAAAACAUCAAGGGUCUGAAGCCUGUAGACCUAGAGAUCAGAAGGAGACUGUACUGGAGCUGUUAUUUUUGGGAUAAAGCAACCAGUCUCUACACUGGAAGACUCCCUGCUGUCACUGAGAUUGAUGAGAGCACUCUGGACCUGCUUGAUGAUUAUUCCGACAGUGAGCCAUGGUGUCCAAAUUAUGGGUCUCUUUCUCUCACCAGACCCAUUCAUGGCCAAUAUCCGUCCAUGAACGGAUACUCUGUCUCUGGCUUUGUCAACUCAUGUCGGCUAGCCAUCAUCAUCAACGACAUAAUAGUCCAGCUAUAUUCACGCCGGAGCCGGCUCAUCACCGAGGAAGCUCUGGGUGAUAUCGAGUCGCGUCUUCUGCUCUGGAGGGAGCAGUCACCGGUUCAUUUGAAAUACGAACCUGAUAACCUCCCACCUAUUAGCCCACCGCCUCAUAUCAUCUCUCAAAACAUCUUGUACUUCACCACUACAAUUCUUGCGCAUCGCCCGUUCUGGUCCAGCCCGACACACUACCAAACUUGCAUUGACGCCGCAAGCAGCAUCGAGAAGCUGGUUCUCCUACUUGAAUCCACCUUUGGCCUUGAGAACAUCACCUACCUGAUGGGCUACUGCAUCUACACUGGCGCCUCUGCCGUUCUCGAAGAAGCAAAGAGCGGUCAGGGCAUGGAGCAUCCGACGCUCAAGACCUUUCUGCGUGCUCUCAACACAGGAAAGGGCAAUUGUCCAUGCCUCGAGCGCAGCCUUCACAUCAUCAUCAAAGGCCUUAGUCGGCCUCCCCAGCCGAGCACUGUUCAUGAGGCACCAGUUCCUGAAGUCGCAGCCGCCGCCAUGACGCUCGACUACCAAAGCAUCAUGGCCUCCCGGCUAUUCCGGUUUGUGGUCGGGCCUGAAAAGAAAGAGUACACCAUGCACUCGGCAGCUGUAUCCAAGCUCUCCCGAUCGCUUGACCGACUCAUCAAUGGCGAGAUGCGCGAGGCUCGUGAGGGCUGCGUCACAUGGGGAGAGAUGGACGAGCAGACCUUUCUGCGCUUCUGCCAAUAUGCCUACAAGGGCGACUACAUCUCUCCGCUGCCCGUCCGCGUCGCUACAGACCCGCCGGCACCGGUGCCCAAGAAGGACGAGUCUCUGGCAGCAAACCCCUUUGGCGGCACUCCCCGCCCUAACAACACUGCCUUCACCGGCUUUCCCAACAAGAACGCGUGGGACACCCCGACGCCACCCAAGAAGAGCAAGAGCGAGGAGAUGUGGGAUACCUACACCUGCCGCAGGUUUCUCGACGCCCGGACCGCGGGAUCGGCGUACACGGCCCGCGGCGAGACACACGACUGGACCGAGGUGCUACUCUGCCACGCGCGGCUCGUCGUGUUCGCCGACUACCACGGCAUCACGGCGCUGGAGAAGCUGGCCAUGCACAAGCUGCACUGGACGCUCAAGGAUACCUUUUGUGUCUGCCCGCAGCGCAUUGGCGAUCUUGUUGCCCUGACAAAGUAUGUCUACGAGGAGACGGGCCGGCAGGGUGGCAAGAGGUACGGCCUGCGCGACCUGGUUGUGGAGUAUCUGGUAUGCAAGGUUGAGGUUCUGAUGAAGUCUGCUGCCUUCAAGGAGUUGAUCAAGGAGUAUGGAGAGUUUGCCCAGGACUUGGCGGUGUACAUGGUGAAGAGGCUUGAUUGA